UUUCAAGUAACUAUGUCAAGGACGAUAUCCAGCUAAAUUAUAGUGCGCAGUAAGAGCAGUAAGCUUUAAUUUAACAAUUCGCACCAGAAGCUAAAAACAUUAAGAGGAAUUCAUCAUGGUUAGCGUUCCACGUGCGAUGCAUUCAAAAGACUUCUACGACGAGAAGUACAUAUUCCGCCAACCACCCUUGGUGGUGUUUAUGGCAAUGGAUUCACCGAGGGGUACCAGGGAACAUUCCAAGGCUAAAGAAAUGGUGAAAGAUGAGGGCUCGAAACUUGUCCAUCGCGAAGUAGAUGUGGAUAUGAAGUUGUUGGAUAAAUUCUUCCGCAAGCUCAAUCCAGACACAGUAAUUAAGCGACUCGUCAAUCACACGCGUGCAGAAAUAUUCGAAGAAAUAGACAACAUCAACGCAAACAGCUACGACGCAUUUUAUUUUGUCGUUUUAUCUUACCUAGACAAAGGCCACCACCACCAUCAUCAUGAACAUGAGGCCAGCGAUACGGGAUUCAAAAUCCAGUUUUACGACAAGUCUAUAGAAAUGUCCGAGCUGAUGGACCGCGUGAAGAGUCGCCCAGGGAUGGCCUUGAAGCCGAAAGUCUUCAUUGUGCAGGCGGAUGACUUGGAGCUGCUCACCCCGAAUAUCAUCCACAAAGCUAUCCCCAGCGGACCUGGAUACAAGGAAAGCAUCGUAAAGAUUCCCACAGAUGCCGACCAGCUUCUCUUGGUGUCAACCAUACCCCAGAGUCUGGUUGAAAAGGGCCAUGCGACAUCAGUAGCUCAUUCUGACGGAGGAAUAGUCACACACCCGACCGAGCAAGACGAGCGAGCAAGAAGGGAAAAUUCCGGUCACACCAUACCAAAAAGCUCGUUGCUGAUCCAAGCGUUUGCCCAAGUUCUACGUGAUUCUGAUUUGGAUGUGUUCAGCAACACGCCCACUAUCAACGGAAAGGUAUUGGAGUUGUUAAAAUCACUUCAACUUGGAAACGAGUUUGAUGACAAAAUACCCGUGCCAAAUGUGUAUAGCACGUUAACCAGGUUUCUGUGUCUGAAGUAAUUGACCAUUGAUCUGCUUGCACACUGCACUUAUAUCUCUGUGUAAUUAAAGACUAUCAAUAUACAUUGAACAGACUUUAAUCAAUGAGAUUUUGUAAAACAUGAUAUACCGGUUUGUAUAUUAUGCACCAAGUUUGUAUUUGUCAUAAAUGCACAUAAUUUUAAUCCAUAUAAUUCGUGUAUGCAUGUUUGCUCUGUAUUUUACAUCGUUUCUCUAACAUGACUCAGAUUAUAUUGCAAUCAGUAAUAGGCUUCUAACACAAGACUGUUUAUUUUAUCUGUUUACAUUUACAGAGGUAUGCGGUUUAGUACUUGUAUCUGCGAUAUUCACAUAUUGACAUUAUUUGAAGAAUUAUCAAUAAAAAUUAUUUACAGUA